GCGGUUUUCCCUGUAAUGAUCUCAGCAAGUGUGGUUGUGUGUGAGUGCGUGGGUGGGGCAGGUUUUAAGCUCCGAUAUCAGUUUAAGUCUGGUCCUCAUCUUGCCAACAUAGUAGAGAAUAUGGAGCUUCUCAGAUGUGUUUCAACCUCUCCUCCUCCUUCUACUCAUCCUUCUCAUCCACAUCAGGCCUCUUCACAAUAUACUAACCGAGCAAAAUCUGAGGAGAAGACAGGAAAGAUUCAAAUCCCAGCAACAGUGAGAACAAGGAGACAAAGUUUACCUGCUCCAAGUCCUCAGGUUGUACGGAGAAUUAUCAGUUCCAGCUCUAUGUCCAACCCGGCAGGUUGGAGUAAACACUAUGAGAAGAAGAAGAGCACAGAGACUUUAGACCGACUAACCUCACGUACUCUCAGCCCACCCCCGGAGACUCUGCCCAGGAAAUAUUCCCGAUCCCCAUCCAUCCUUUCUAAUCAUUCAUCCUGUGGUCGUCUUCCCCGGCACCCUGAGCUACCGCCUCUUACCUCGGAGGUUGAUGCUCCCAGGUUAAAGGACUACCUGGAGAAACCAAGACUUGUUAAUUCUGGACCACGCCGUCCCAGUCAGGUGAGUAUGUCUGAGGUUGACCUACUUGUACCUGGAUUAAGUAAGCUGACCUCCUACUACAAUCAAACCUUUCUGAAUGUGUGUGACACCUGUGACAGUUUGAACCACAAGAACCCUGUAUCCGUCCUCAAUGCUACUGCUGCUACAACCACACCAACUAUUAACAGAGGGAUGUGAGAGAUAUUCUGUAUCCUUGGAGGGAAUAUCAAGAUAAUUUCUUUCCUUCUUUUAUUUUGUUAUAUUUCUUUCUAUCUACUGGCCGUUCAUAUUUUAUACCUUUAUAUUAUGAAUUCAUGUUGUAUACUAGAAUAUUAUUCCAUCUUCACUUCUCUUAUUUUCAGUGUAAAAAUCCCAUUUCUCAUGUACUUGUUUUAGGAGAAUUGUAAGCGUAAGUUUAAGUGACCCUCCAUGCAAAGAUGUAAAUGCUGAUGUACAAACGCAUCCAUUGUUUAUAAAAUGCAAUGGAAAAACGCACGAAAAUAAACACUUUUUACGUCAGAAGAGCGACAAUUUCUUCCACAUUUUUAUCAGAUUAGGGGUUCAAUGGUGCCGUUAAAAAACGGGCAUUUUCACCUUUGCAUGGAGGGUCACUUGAAUUUACGCUUAUAAUCCCUUGAAGAUUAGUCUAUCCAACUUCAAAAUAGUUUUUCUUUUCUUUUUCUUUUCUUUCUUUCCCUUAAUCUGACCCGCCUCAUAUAAUAUAAUAUUCUUC